UCAAUCCAAAGUCGAUUCAAAACACGUACAAUACAAAUUAAACCUAUCAGGCCACAAACACGUACAAACAAAUUAACCCUAGUUACCACAUAUCUUGAAUAUAUUGAUUGUUGUAACAUCAUAUGAUCUAGAGAGAAACAAAAAUAAAAGAUGAAGAACAAAGCUUCCAAUUUUGUGAAGAAUAUAAUUUCGACUUUGAGUUCUAUCGUGAAGGGUAAGGUAACGGGGGUGAAGGGCAAAGCAAAUGCUAUGAAAAUUCGUCUUUUAGUUUUCUCACUAAUGAAGGGCAAGAAAAUAUCACUUGGUACACUUACUACCAAGAUCCAAGCUUUGAUAGAUCGAAAGCGUGACAAGAUAAUGGCCGAGGAAGAAAUAAGUUUAGAAGAUCAAAACACGGCAAUCAUCCUCUACAAUGCAAAUUUAGGUAAUGAGUCUAGUGAUCUCAUUAACUACGACGUGCCUAAUGAUGAGCUCGCGCCAUCAGAAAAGAGGGAGUUGUUGUUAGAAUACUAUGGUCGUGAUCAAUACUACGACGAUAAUAAGUAUCCGGAUCUUACUCAUUCUUUGUUUGAUGAAGAGGAAGAACAUGGAGGGUCGAUCAUCGAUAUAGUGAAAAACUCGAAAGAGAAUGAAGGGCAAGAUUUUAAGUUGGAAGAUGAGAUAGAUCAUGUUGCGGAUUUGUUUAUCCAAAGGUUUCGUAGACAAAUGCUCCUACAAAAAUGGGAUUCUUUCAAGAAAAUUCAAGAGAUGUUAGGGAGAGGUGCAUAAGAUGGAGUUGUUUUGAUUUAUUUAGUUUAAUUUUGUGGUUGCAUUGCAUGAAUAGAGAGACUAAAAUAAGCUAGUAUGUAUCAAUAAUUCAUGCAUGGUUGAUUAAGAGUUCUAGCUAAUUAUAUUAUAUAUAUAUAUAUGAAGCUUUGAUGUAAUAUUAUAAUUAUAUACUUUAAUUUUUAGUGUUUUUUGUUAAAUGUAUGGAAGGAGUUGGCGAGAUAGAUCGAGUUUAUUAGCCAAAUUAAUUAGAUUGUAAUUACUCUGAUCUCAUCAUCGGAUUUGACCAUCGAUCUACUUGCAAAAAUAUUUGUGUAUUUUUUCCCUAGAAA